CUUUUCUUUGGUAGGUGAAGGACAAUAUUUAGUGUUGUUAGGCCUUUAUGAAUCACGCAUGCGCUGUAGAAUAGAAGAAAAUUUCAGUAUGGCGGAGUAGGAUUUCUUAAAAUUUGAAGAAAUUGACAAAUCAAGAUGGCACAUGAGAUACAUUUAAAGAACAACAAAUACCGGCAGUGGGUUAAGGCUGGCCUAGGCUUGGGUUAUCUUAAAGAGGGACUUGCGCCAUUUUGUGAUGACAUAGGAAGACAGCAGCACAACUAUAUUAUAAACCAAAUACAACAAACAAAGACUCCUCAACCAAAUGUACCGUGUGGAGUCUGUCAGAUAACAACUCUCCAGCCAGACCAUGUUCGAGUCUCAAAAGGGAUAUGUCCCCUCAAGCAAGAUAAAUGUAACUGUUGCUUUCCAAAUAAUAAGACACCAUGUCCAAACAAUGUAUGUGGUGCCAUCUAUGACAGCAUUAUACAGAAUCAUGCAUCAACACCACCGGCACCUUUUUGGAAAAACAGUGAUGUACAACAGUGGUCAACAGACCCGUGGAGUAUUAGUAAAUGUUUUAUUAAUGCUCCUGGGUACAAGGACAAACCAUCAGCAGUCGAUACCGACUGCACGGGGUUGCUUCAUGUUAUCAUAAAUAACACAUAUUUUCAUAGUCAUAUUGGAUGCAAUAUUACAGGACCAAACAAUCUUUUUUCAAAGGUAAAUACAUUUGUACCAGGAAUGUCCGUAAAGUUCAUAUACUUCUUCAUCUUUUUGAAAAAGGCGACAUAUAGGGGUUACUUUUGUCAGUGGUGUCAGCGUCGGCCUUGGUGUCUGCGGCAGCGUCAGCCCCUAAGGCUUGUCUGGAGCAUAACUCAGUCACUAUAAGUCGGAUUUACUCCAAACUUGGUAAGCAUGCUUCUUUCAAUGACUCAAAGUGCAGUGCA